AUGGCUUCGCGACCGCGCCGUUCCGCCGCCACAAGGGCGAGCGAGUCCAUCUCUGUUCAUGCCAAAUGGGCUGACGCCAGCGACAAGACCGACCGUACCAUUAUGGCUUCGCGAAGAUCGGGCCGCGCCCCCGGCCCCUCGGCUCUGCGUGACCCGCCUUCUUCGCCCAGCGACUCGCACAUCAGCGUCAACGUCAAGACGUUGUCGUCGUCGUCGUCAAAGUCGCGCCAGGCUGCGCGAGCCACCGCCGCCGCCCGUCGCAGCGACCGCUUCGGCGGUGGUGAGAUUGUCACGGGCACCCGGAACCGCGGAGGUAGGAAAAACUACGUGAUAGAUUCAAGCCCCGACGACGAUGAGGAGGAAGAAGACGAGGCCGAGAUUGACGACGGCGAUGACGAUGACAUGGAGGACGACGACGACCUUGGUGAUGAAGACGCCGAAGGCGAGGACAUGGAUGUCGAUGCAGAGGGCGAUGUCGACGCCGAAGGUGACGAGGACGCAGAAGGUGACAUUGACAUGGAUGCCUCCGUGGCUCCCACCGCACCUACCAUCCGGGUUUCCCAGCCCUCCACAUCGAGGUCGGCUGCUAGGGCCGCUGCCUCUAAGAUUGCUGCCGAGGAGGAUGAUGACGACGAUGACGACGAUGACGACGACGACCUCAGCGAUCCUGGUGAAAGCGACCUGGGCGACCAAACGCUAGGCCUCGGAGACGAGACAAUGGCCGACGAGGAGGCCGACGAAGAUGCCGAGGGCGAGGAGAUUGAAGUGGCCGCAGAGGAGGACGCGGACGGAGACGCGGACGCGGCUGACCCCGGCAGCGACGACGGCAGCAGGGCUGGCUCACCCGACCUAACCAAGAUGACCAAGCGCCAGCGGGCCCGCUUCGAGGAGGAACCUCAAGAGUACAUGAAGCUAUCGGAUGAGGUCCAGGUUAAGAAGCACUUUACGGCCGAAGAGCUGUCGAUGCGUCGGCAGGAAAUGGCUCGCCGGCGACGCAACCUCAGCGAGAAGCGGACCGAAGAAGUCAAGAUGGAAACCAUCAACAAGCUGCUCAAGAAGCAGGCCCCUAAGACGAACCGCAAGGGCGGGGCGCGCGCCUCGACGCCCGACGACGACGAGCACAGGCCCAGCCCCAUCUUUGUCCGUUGGGUCAACACCAAGGCCGGCAGCCGGGUGUCGGUGCCCCAGGAAGUGCUAUCGGGGCCCGCGGGCAGUGUCUACGCCAAGGGCGGCGGCCUGGGCCUGGGCAAAAUGGUGCAAGAGGUUGCCUAG